AUGGCCUCAUGUGACGUACAAACCCUAUUGCACGACAGCAUCAUUCACCCCCCAAAGCUCCCAACCCUUCGCUCAAACCAAGGAAGUCAUGUCGAAGCAGCGUCCACAGGCUGGAUGCAAUCCAUCACGACCGACACACCAUGGGAACAGAUGAACGCACGCUACGAACGCGACGGCUAUCUCUGGGUGAAGAAUCUCAUACCUCGAGAAGACGUUCUCGACAUGCGGGAACACUAUUUCCAACAACUCUCCCCCACCGGCAUCCUCCUCCCCUCCUCCUCCCCCCGCGACGGCAUCUUCGACCCGGCCAACGACCCCCUCGCGCACCAAGGCCUCGGCGGCGCCCCGGACCCCGCGACCCUCGCCCUCCUCGACACCGCCCACGCGACACCCGCCUACCGCCGCUUCCUCACCCACCCCGCCCUCCGCGCCUUCGUCCGGCACCUGAUGCGCUGGCGCGCGGAAGUCCUCGUCGACCGCGCCAUGCUGCGGCACAACUGCCCCGGCAGCCGCAGCACCGGCGUCCACUACGACAAACUGUUCCUCCGGGCCGGCGACGCCGAGUUCCUCACCGCGUGGGUCCCGAUCGGGGACUGUAGGCCUACGGGCGGCGGCUUGAUGUACCUCGAAGGCAGCGGUGAGCUCGGCGAGGAGAUGGAGGCUGAGUUCGGGCGGGAUGCGGAGGGGCUGAGUCCUGGGGAGCGUGUCGAUGCGUUCAAUAGGCUCAUGAUGGAAGAUGGGUUCUUGUCGCAUGACGCCGAGGAGUUUGGACGGGUGAGGGCGGGUGGGAAACUGAGGUGGUUGGUCGGUGAUUAUGAGGCCGGUGAUGUGGUUUUCCACAAGCCGUAUAUGAUCCACGCGGCGACCAAGAACGAGGACGAGCUGGGCAGGAUCAGGUUGGCGAGCGAUCUGAGGUUCUAUGAGGAGGGCGCCGCGUUGGAUCAGAGGUGGAUGAAGGUGUGGCGGCACGAUGAUGGUCUUUAG